AUGUCGAGUCUGAUGACAAUCCCAGGAGCCCAAAACGACGCCGCAUAUCUCCGACCGACGCUGAAGAAGAGGCGGUCAGAACAACCCGGGCCCGCCUCACUGCUCUCGGCAAAUGCUGGGAAUGAGAGAGACAAUGUGGCGACACUUCCUCCUCGGUCGCGGUCGCCGGCUGAGAAGUCUCGGUUGGACAACCUGAAUGCGUUGGACAAACAGGCAUCACAGAUCUUGAGCUUUCUUGCCCGAUUAACGCCCAGUGAAGCCCUGGGCUUGUCCAACACACCUAAUUCGCCGAGCACUCGAGAGUAUGCUGCAAUGCGAUCUGUAUUCGACCAGACGAGGAGGCUGUACACCACCGGCAAACCGUUUUUGUCGUCCAGAGACCUUGGUCUGCGUGAACUCAGGCAAAUCGAGAUCCUUCGCAAGGCCAAUCAAGCCAUAUUUAUGUCGAGCGUCUUUACUGGGGAGAUUGGGCUUCGUGAUAUGGACAGAAUGUUUCUUUCGGUCUUCGUCCCCGACAACGCCAAACUGCUGAAGGCGCAGGCUUCCAUAUAUCUCGAGUUGAAGACCCAAGGCUUUAUUACCGCCUGGCGAACAGGUGCUGCUCCGCCUGCGGUUGUCAUGGCUGAUCUCUUCGGGCCUGAUCUCGACAAGGCUAUACUGGCAAGGAGACCUGGUACAACCGCCCUGGCUCCAAGCGAGCAAGAUUUCCUCAAUAGACUGUCAUCCCGGCGGGACAUCCUGCAAAAUCACGUCAAGAACAACACUCUCGACCAGCUACCGUUCAAAUAUAGAUGGGAAGAUUUUAGCCGAGAAGUUUCUUCAUACCUGUCCAAAAACAUCGAAAACACAACACACGGUGGUGGCAGUGGGACGGGGGAAGUCCACAGGAACAAUCCUACCAAAGCUUUGCAACGAGGUCAAAUGGAAGGACAAUUCUCGAUCCACACGCCACCGUUGCCUAUCUCAUCGAAAGAAGCGAUCCUUUCAACAACGCCUCAACCCCAGCCCUCCGUAGAGCCGCUUCUACAAGAUGAUUUUGUUGCUCAGGCUGCACGAGCUGCGGAGAUUGCCAUGCAAGAUGCAGGGAAUUUCGCCUUCUCAGAGCCAUUGAAUGGCACGUCUUCACCGCCUAGUCCUGCUGUCCAGCCAGAAACGCCUACUCCCCAACAAAGCCUCCCAGAUUACCAGCCUUUCGAGCCGAUAAUCGAGAACAUGGGCGCUAAAUCAGACAGUACAGCAGCAUUGUCCGGUUCACUAGGGGAAAUCCCCCACGUUUCUCAAACGGCGCCAACAUCGGUCUUGUACGAACGUGCAAGGCUAGCUGCUACGACAAAGGCUUCCCUUAUCGCUAGGAAGGGAGUCACGCCGAGUCAGAGGCGACCAUGGACGACAGAAGAAGAGAAUGCUCUCAUGACCGGACUCGAUCGUGUUAAAGGCCCUCAUUGGAGUCAGAUCUUGGCCAUGUACGGACCCGGGGGGACAGUCAGCGAGGCGCUCAAGGACCGCAAUCAGGUUCAGUUGAAGGACAAAGCCAGGAACCUGAAGUUGUUCUUCUUGAAAAGUGGCAUUGAGGUACCCUACUAUCUGAAAUAUGUGACCGGCGAUUUGAAGACUCGUGCUCCGGGACAAGCCUCCAAACAAGAAGCCAGAGAGCGAGACAGGCUCCUGUCGGAAGGAGAUGCAGCUUCCUUUGAAGGACUGCAGGAGAUUAUGGCGUUUGGUGGUGCAGACCAGCAAAUGUCAGCAGCCCCCGGAUCCAAUGCGUCUCAAUCGAACCAUGAAUCAGAUGGUGGCGAUGAGUCUGGUCAAGCCAGUCCUCAGAAUGAGGGGGAGGGUUCGUUCAACCCCAGCAUGGAGGACGUGGAGGCGAUGAUAGCAAGAGCAGCUGCGCAGGCAUCUCAGUCAUUAGCUCCAGACUGGACAUGA